AUGCUGAAAACAGCUCCAACGCAGCGAAAUUCAUCAUUUAAAUGGACAGCACGAGUUAUUGGCUUUGUUUGGAUCUUUCUCACCGGAUGUUUUGCAAUUUUAAACAUAUUUGUUUUUGUUCAACCGCAAUGGAUUGGUGACACAAUUGAAAGUCCUCGUGCGGGUCACUUCGGUUUAUAUUCCUAUUGUAUCAGUACUGUGAAUGAUUAUGAAUUUGAUUGUCAAGGAACGUGGACGAAUUUUGGAACAAUUCUUAGUCCACCGUUUGCUGUAGCAACAUUUUUCGUUGGCAUCUCGGCUCUACUCAUCCUCAUUUGCUUGGCAUUGUUCGUCCUAUUCUUAUUUCUACGUGCUCGACUUGUUUAUUUCAUUUGUUCAUUGAUACAGAUGAUCUGUUCGAUAUGUUUAUUAAUUGCUCUGAUUGUUUACCCAUCCGGCUUCGAUCAUGAUACAAUCAGAAGUGUAUGCGGUUCCAACGUUAACGAUUUCUACCUUGGUACCUGUCAAAUUCGUUGGGCUUAUAUCCUAGCAAUGAUAGCAUUCGUUAACAUCUCAUUUCUUGCAUCUCUAGGCUUUUUUCUCGGAAUGAAACAACCGAAACUGGAUACAAUGCAAGAAGUGAUCAAUCCGAAUCAUAUCCUAUCGAAAUAUGGUGAAUUAAAUGAAGCGUUUGAUGAUCUAACACUCUCCGAACAAGUCCUACCAUCAAUAACCAUCCAACGACGCUAA